AUGAUCUUCUCUCGUGUCCUCCCUCUCUUUAUCCUCGGUCUCAGCUUUAGCUUCGUGUCCGUAGCCAAGCCCGUCGCUGAAACUGUUGCGGUCAAGCGUGCUGGGGGUGACGUUGGCACAGAUGUUGCAGCGGCCCAGGUGCUUACCACCCUGAAGGCUGCGAGUGAUCACAUCCUUCCCCAAAUUGAUGAUUUAAUUGACAGCGGCAACGGAAACGUCGACGAUUUUGAGCCGCUAUUUUCGCAACUAGUCGGCGCAUUCGAGACCGCCACCGCGUCGCUCACCGAACUCAAGGGUAAAAUCAGCACACCACAGUCAGAGCCCACAAAGGCGGAACUCGCUGCUCUCAUCGCGUCAAUUAUUACUGACACUGCCAAGACCUUGAAGAAGGCCCCAAUUGGGAGUAGAGUCCUCCGUCCGACGCUCAUCCGGGUCUUUGAUCUUGCGGUGGAGAAAUUUCUCUUAGGCGUAGAAGGGAUUGUUGGCGGUAUCUUGGUCCUUCUGGCGAGCUUGGUCGAACCGGCUCUCCUGAUUAGUGUUGGAUUAAUCCGAGUAGCUUCGCUGCUUGGGCACUCAUGA